GGUGAAUAUCCCUUUUUUGGAGGGGUGUUUGGGUAAUAAUCGUACGAGGGGUUUGAACGCAAUUUCGUAUACAGUUGAGAACACAAACGACAACUUUUCAGUUAGACGACUAUGCUCUUCUCAUCGAAGAACCCCAAUUUUCCCUCCCCUUUGCCCCUUUUACUUGUCCCCAUCUCUUUCUCCUGAUUCCGCAGUGUUUCAAUGGAAGAUCAAGCCGAAAAAAUGGAGGCUUUGAAGAAGGCUUACGCGGAGAUCAUACUGAAUACAGCGAAAGAGGCAGCUGCUCGAACAAUGGCGUCGGAGUGUAAAGCACUUCGCUUUCAUCACGAUCUGCGUCACACUAAAGACGAGGCGCUUCGGAUGCUUCUUCGAUUCAAACACAUGAUCGACUCCAAGACAACUGAAGCAGAAAAGUCAUCUGUGAGUCAGAAAAAAAGAAUUGAUGAGCUGGAUGCCCAACUUAAUGAAACAGAAGAGGCGAUAGUGAAUCUUAGAGCAGAACUAAGGAAUGCACAUGAACGAUUAGAGGAAGCAAAAAACAGUCACAUCCAUCAGUCAAAUGAACCAUCUGAAAACAACCACAUGGAUAAUUCCGAAACUACCCCUCCUAAAAACAACCCAAACAUCAAUGAGAAGUUAUAUCGAAAUGGAUACACUCACAGAAUUCAAGCCAUUGAGAAUAAUGUAGUGGAUGAAAAAUGCAUUUCUUAUGAUGAUGAUGAUGAUGAUAAAUCUGUACACGAAAUCUGCAGAAAAAAAGAUGAAAUAUUGACAGAAAAUAGUCUUCGUAGAAGCAUCCGGAAAAGGAAAGUCAGGUGUUGGGAUGAAAUUUCUUCAUUGUUCAAGUCACGUUGCAAGAAGUACUCAAACAAUGAUGAUGUGAAGUCUGAUGAACAUUCGCACAAAUCCAAAUCAUUGGCUGAAAUGAAUCACAUAUCAGCAUCUACAAUUCCAAAUGCUUCUCAAGAUGAAGUUGUUGGAUUAGAUUCUAUUUUAUCUGGUUGUGGUAAUGACAAAAACAGGCAUCUCAAGUAUACAUUCAGCAGGAAGCGAAAGAAGGAUUUAUCAUGUAACAAAAAGUCGAAUUUAAAGGAAGAGGCAUCUACUGAUAACAACAUGGUUGAGGUUGAGGUUGCCUGUCAGUUAAUUUCCUUGUCUGGGGCACAUAGUUUGUGAAGAAGGUCAAUGCUUUAAAAUGCAGUCAAAUCCAGUGCUUACUUUUUAAAUGCCUCAUUUUUAAGUAAUUAAUGUAUUAAAUAUAAAGAGUAAAUUACAACUUUGGCCCCUGUCGUAUAAUGGUUGUUUCGGAUUUGCUCCAAAAAAUAAAUCUUUGUUGAUAUGGUUUACUCUCGUAAUCAUAUCAGUUACAUGGUUUUAGACUUUUAGUUUAAUUUUACUCAAAUGUGUAACAAAAUGAUGAAUUCUGGACAAUAGUAUAAGUCGUAGGAACUAUUUGAUCAAGAAACUGUCGGGAGAAUUGCUAAAUGCUAAUUAUUUGUGUUGGAUAAUUUAGUUAAUAAUAGACAUAGAUGAUUAUUAGAUAUGGUGAUGAAAAUAUAAUAAUGCAUAUGAUAUGACAUUUUUUUUAAUGUAUAUAAAUGGAAAAUAUAUGGAAAUAUGACGGUGUGUAUUUAUGUGAUAUUACUGUUUAUGUUUGGAUAUGAAGUUGAGAGG